AUGCAGGACGACCUGUGCUCAAACCUUGCUGUGACCCGUCACGGGUACCGAACCCGUGGUACCCGUGGUACCCGGCGUCUAUACCCGCACCCGUGGGUGCGCGGGUGCGGGUACUUGGCGGCGCUGACAUGCUACCGUCUCACACUUGGCGAGAUUUUGGAGAACACACAGGCGGCACGGGCAGCCAGCUUGUCUCACACCCAGGAGAGCUUCAAACGGGCGUGGGAGCGCCUCGAGAAGGUUCCCAUCCAUGGCGAGUACUCGACAGAUGUCCGCAAAUGGACAUGCGACUGCGGGUCACAGAAGUAUCACACGCACCUGCUCUGCAAGCAUCUGGUGCAUGCUGCUGGCCACCCUCACGCCGACUGGUGGCCUACCGUCACACGCUAUCAUAUCCCUCCUUUCUACACCAUCCCUGUCGACGGCAUCAUGCCUGCUGCUCCGGAAACGAUGCAAAACCACGAGUGGACCAGCCGUAUGCGACAAAAGCGCUCGGCAAUCGUUGCACAUCCUCGCCAGAUCGAGAUUCAAGAUCCUGAAGAUUCCGAUGUAGAUAUCCCCGAGGCUGAGGGCUUCCGGCGAGCGUUCUCUCCGAUCACCUCUUCUCCGGACAAGGCCCCGCCGACUGGCCGGGAUGGAAUGCUGCGCUCGCAGUCAGGAGGUGGCGCCGGCUUUGAUCUUGAUGACGAAGAAGACAUCGAGCUCGAUGUGCUCGAGGACUCCCUCACAAAGGGAGUCACCAUUCUUCAUGAGCAGGCCAACAAUCUGGACAACCGGUUCUUCCGCAGAGCCAUGGAGGAAGUGCGCGGAACGAUCCGCUGGGUCUGCAAACUUGACAAGCGAGAUAUGCCGGACAUGGAGGCGAUCAGCCUCGACGACGUCACCACGUUCCUAGACCGCCAGAACACCAACUGCAUUAUAGUGGUUGGCAAACGUUGUAACUCCCUGUAA